AUGGCAAAGGAAAUUAAGGGAAUACACGACAAGAACUUCCGGUUUGUGGUCCCGAUGAAAAUGACCCGUGAGGACGUGGAUGAUUACAAUUCGAGGGCAAAAUGUCAUCUUUGCUGGGAACGGAUUUAUCCGUACAGUGACUGGACAUUACGUAAGGUUCGAGAUCACUGUCAUUUUACGGGAGAGUGCCGUGGACCGGCGCACAGCAUUUGUAACCUCAAGGCUAGAAAACCGAACUUUAUUCCAACUCUUUUUUAUAAUCUCGAUGGUUAUGAUGAGCAUCUAUUCUUACCGAGUUUGUCAAUAAACGGGGGAAACAUUACCUGCAUUCCUUUAAACGAGACGUGUCUUUCAACAAAGGAAGAAUUCUUCCCGUCGUUAACAUGGAAAGACGUUUCCGAUGAGGAAUAUGCACUUUCUCAGGAGGUUUUCAAAAAGUUUGGGUGCAAAAUGCUGUGGGAUUAUUCGGAAAUCUAUCUCAAGACGGACAUUGCCCUUUUGACGGAUAUAUUUGAGGACUUUCGCAAGAUGUCCAAAAGGAAUUACGGUCUUGACCCGUUGUGGUACUACACGGCUUCCGGAUUGUCGCUGGACGCAGCUUUAAAAUAUAUCGGAGUAGAAUUGGUCCAGCUUAUGGAUCCAGCCAAGGACAUGUACCUUAUGAUUGAAAAAGGUAUUCGCAGUGGAAUGUGCAUGGCACGCGAUGGCACAUAA